AAAGGCAUCACCGCAAAGGCUGAAACACACGCGGUACCUGCUUCGUAACUUCCUUUCUCUCCCACCUCUCUGGAUUCUCUUUGACCCAAUUGGUAUUAUCAAACUAACAAGCCACAACAUAUCAGACUCCUCUCAUUUUCUUUCUCUUCUUUUCCUCACUUUCGCUUCCCUUCCCUGAAUUUCGGACACUCCGCGCGAAGCCUCGUUGUCACAAAAAAUGCGGAGUUUCACUUUCUUCGAACGAGUUUCUAGAGCUUUCCGUGAUCAUGGCUCUAACUUCAAGCUUGUUCUCCUCUGCACCACCGUUAGUGGUGGAGGGGUUCUGGCUUACGGAGAGGCUGUUGGUGCAUCUGAAGCGGCGGUGACGGAGAAGAAAAAGGUGGUGGUGCUGGGAACAGGGUGGGCUGGCACGAGUUUCUUGAAGAAUCUCGACAAUCCCAGAUAUGAGGUUCACGUUGUCUCGCCCCGCAAUUACUUUGCAUUCACUCCUUUGCUGCCUAGUGUUACCUGCGGCACCGUCGAAGCUCGCAGCAUUGUCGAACCCGUCCGCAAUAUUUUCAGGAAGAAAAAGGUGGACGUUCAAUUCAGUGAAGCAGAAUGUCUCAAGAUUGACGCAGCAAACAGGAAGGUUUACUGUCGUUCUAGUAUAAAUAAUAAUUUGAACGAUAAAGAAGAAUUUGUGGUGGACUAUGACUACUUAAUCAUAGCCGUGGGAGCUAAUGUCAACACAUUUAAUACUCCAGGAGUGACGGAGAAUUGCCAUUUCUUGAAGGAAGUUGAAGAUGCACAGAAGAUUAGAAGAACUGUUAUUGACUGCUUUGAGAGAGCAAGUUUGCCUAGUGUAAGUGAGGAAGAAAGGAAGAGAAUUCUUCAUUUUGCUAUUGUUGGAGGUGGUCCAACUGGAGUGGAAUUUGCAGCCUCACUACAUGACUUUGUCACAGAGGAUUUGGUUAAUUUAUAUCCUGGUAUAAAAGAUUUAGUUAAAAUUACACUUCUGGAGGCUGGAGAUCAUAUUUUGGGCAUGUUUGACAAAAGAAUCACUGCGUUUGCUGAAGAUAAGUUCCGAAGAGAUGGUAUUGAUGUGAAAACAGGAUCCAUGGUUGUGAAGGUAUCUGAUAAAGAAAUUUCUACUAAAGAAAUGAAAAAUGGAGGAGAAAUUACUACAAUUCCAUAUGGAAUGGCCGUCUGGUCAACUGGUAUUGGCACUCGUCCAUUUAUAAGAGAUUUUAUGUCACAAAUUGGUCAGACUAACAGACGCGCCAUAGCUACUGAUGAAUGGUUGAGAGUUGAAGCAACUAACAAUGUGUAUGCACUUGGUGAUUGUGCUACAAUAAACCAGCGAAAAGUCAUGGAAGAUAUCGCCGCAAUAUUUAAGAAGGCUGACACUGACAAUUCAGGGACUCUUACUGUCAAAGAAUUUCAGGAGGUGUUGGCUGACAUCUGUGAGAGAUACCCUCAGGUGGAGCUAUAUCUAAAGAGUAAACAAAUGCACGACCUUGCUGAUUUGCUGACAGAGUCCAAGGGAGAUGUUAAAAAAGAAUCCGUUGAACUCAACAUCGAAGAACUCAAAACCGCACUCUCUAAAGUGGAUUCUCAGAUGAAAUUUCUUCCUGCUACAGCGCAGGUUGCAUCUCAGCAAGGCACCUACCUGGCCAAGUGCUUUAACCGGAUGGAAGAGUGUGAAAAAAAUCCAGAGGGUCCAAUCAGGUUCAGGGGAGAAGGGCGCCAUCGCUUCAAACCCUUUAGGUACAAGCAUUUGGGUCAAUUUGCUCCUCUAGGAGGAGAGCAAACAGCUGCACAGCUUCCUGGGGAUUGGGUUUCAAUUGGACACAGUUCACAAUGGCUGUGGUAUUCUGUCUAUGCAAGCAAGCAAGUCAGCUGGCGCACAAGGGCAUUAGUAGUAUCAGACUGGACAAGACGCUUUAUUUUUGGGAGGGACUCCAGUCAAAUAUGAAAGAGAUUCAACAUUUUUCCAGGAGUCUUGUAGUGCGAUAUUGCAGAAUGCAGAGCUCGUCAAUCUUGAAUUUAUGUUGAUAUAGAGAUGUUUAUUCUCCAAUUCCUGAUUCUUUGAAUAGCAAAAGCAGACUCCCUGCUGGGAUUUGUGAUCACUGAUCAUGCUUUUGUCAGUUUAAACUUUUUCAUGUAUGAAUUUUUUAUAUACCCCUUCCGCUUUUCUUUCUUGCUUCUGGAAUUGAAAUUGCGGCAUUUGUGAAUCUCCGAGUUUUGCUUAUUUAUUUCGGAGAUGUUCGGUGAUGUUAGUUUAUGACCUUAAUCAUUCGAGUUAUACUGACUGAAUGCUUUUUAAUAUUUUGUCAUUCUUUGAAUUUCUGAUCAAGGGAGACGAUUGCUUUGUUGGAA